AUGGAUGGGUCCCACAUUUCUACUGUUCCCCCCUUUGAACUGCAACCUACAUUGUCUACGGAUAUAAUUCAGAGCUUGACAACAUCGUUUGACGAUGGUAAUAAUAACAGAUUGUCAGAAUCGUGGGAUGUUUUAUCAUUCAUCAUUGGAGCAAUACAAAGUGCCGGUCGGUUCGGCAAGUUAAUUAAUGACCACCCGACAAGCCUUGAUGGAGCCAGCCGAAGUCCCGAGGCCGGCCAAUUCUGUGGUGGAGACAUUGGGGGCGGCAUGAGUGACAGUUAUAUACGCAUGGCCGGGUAA